AGUGAUGCGGCGGAAGGCGGAAACUUGGGCGCCGAAAAGCCGGCGCGGUCCGGUGUGGAAGAGGAGGAGGUGCUCCUAAGCGGCGACGACGGCGAUGCCGGCGUCGCGUUGAGGAGCGAAGAGGAAUCGGAGAGUAAAUUGAGGGCGAGGGGUGGGCGACAGGUGAUGAGGCGAUCGAGCAUGGUGGCGAAGCAAGUGAUCAGCAUCGAAUCUGCUCUUGGCUUGGGGUUCGUCUCUCAGCUCUGGGUGGAUACCCUCUCGGCCUCUUGAUUUUGUGUGAAGCUUGUGCUUCAUAAUUGAAGUCAAUAAAAGGAAAGCAAUUAGAAUCAUGCAACUGUAUCAUCACCCAUAUUCAUUGGACAGCCAAAAGGUAAGGCUGGCUUUGGAAGAGAAGGGCAUUGAUUACACAUCCUUCCAUAUGAAUCCGAUAACAGGCAAAAAUUUGAGGCCUUCCUUCUUCAGAAUGAACCCGACUGCAAAACUCCCCGUUUUCCAGAAUGGUUCGCAUGUCAUCUUUAAUACUAUUGAAAUCAUUCAGUAUAUAUAGAGAAUUGCAGUUGUCUCUGUUAAUAAUGAUAGCAUCGCCUUCAGCAGUGAUGAGGUCAUUCAAUGGAUGCAUAAAAUACAGGAGUGGAAUCCAAAGUUUUUCACAUUAUCCCACGUCCCUGAGAAGUAUCGGCAAGCAGUGUCCAAGUUUUUUAGGAGAGUCUUGAUUGCUCGGAUGGCCGAGUCACCUGACCUGGCAAGUUCCUACCACCGCAAGCUAAAAGAGGCAUAUCACACCGAAGAGAAGCUGAGAGACCCAGAGGUUGUAAGGCGGAGCAAGGAACAUCUAAUCAGACUUCUCGAUGAAAUUGAGGACAGUUUGAGCAAGACUUAUAUUGCAGGGGAAGAGUUCAGCAUGGCAGACAGGUUGAGCAAGACGGCUUACAUUGCAGGGGAAGAGUUCAGCAUGGCAGACGUAAUGUUCAUUCCGGUGCUAGCUCGUUUGGCACUCUUGAAUUUGGAAGACGAGUAUAUAAACAGCAGGCCAAACAUGGCCAAAUACUGGAGUUUGGUUCAGCAAAGGCCUUCCUACAAAAAAGUGAUAGGAAGAUACUUUGGCGGCUGGAGGAAGUACAGGACCCUGGCUAAAACUUGGUGCUUCAUUCGGCUGAGGAACACGCUGAAGAAGUAUUAACUUCUUGACGCUGUAGGAAUAUCUCAAAACUGUAAAAGGAGGGUGGGGAAAGUUUUGGCUGUGAAAAGUCUUUAGGCAAAAUUUACCUUUUGAAUUGCUGUAAAUAGGUUCUGUAGUGUUUCCUCUCUUAGUGUUGAAAGAGCAGGCAGUUGAAUUUUUCAUGUACUGGACUGCUUUCUGUUCUGUAUUCCCUUUAAGGUUGAAAUAAUUAUGUAGAAAACAAGCAUGUUAUGAAAAUAAAAAAUUGUAAAGGUUCGAUUAUUUUGAUUG